ACAGUCGUUGUAGUUUUGAAAGUUAAUGAGAGCUGUAUUUUUCAUUUUAGUCUUUCUAUUAAAGCUUUAAGAUUUUGUUAUGUGUUUAAUGUUCUGUAAGAAACGAUUAUCAUUUUUUUAUAUAAGUGAAGUAACUUGUCUGCUUUAAGGUAGUAAUUAAAACCUAUUUGUACCUAAACAAAAUUUAAGUUACUGGUUGGCAAGAAAAAAUCUACACACAAAGCAAAACAAAAUCCGUCAAAUUAUUGAAUAACGGUCAUGAUUAAGAGGACAUGAAAAACAGUUUGGGUGGAACUCGGACCUGGAUAUAGUUGAGGUUUUUCUAAACGAUACAAAAUGGUUGACGGUGAAACCAAUAAAGGGACUAUAGACACCGUGCAGGUGGCAUUAAGGAUAAGGCCUUUGAUGAGAACAGAGAUUGAGCGAGGGUGUGACGAAUGUAUUGACGUUGUAUCUGGAGAACAACAGGUGCAAAUAAAAGACCUGGCCUUUACUUACAAUUAUGUUUUCCCUCAACAUAUCAACCAGCAAGAGUUUUACGACACAGCAGUUAAAGGACUUAUCGGGAAACUAUUUCAAGGAUACAAUGUUACAAUACUCGCCUACGGCCAAACUGGAUCAGGUAAAACCUAUACAAUGGGAACAAAUUAUUCUGGAUCUGACGGUGACUCAACUAAACUAGGUGUAAUUCCCCAAGCUGUAGCUGAUAUAUUUGACUUCAUCGAGACCCAUGAAGACAAGUUUAUAUUCAAAGUGUCUGUCUCCUUCAUGGAGUUGUAUCAGGAGCAAUGUUACGACCUGCUCUCCGGCAAGGAGAGGGGUCAUAGUAUUAUAGAAAUUAGGGAAGAUAUAAACAAAGGCGUCAUUUUACCUGGUAUAACUGAAUUGCCGGUUGCAUCAACUCGUGAAACUAUGACAGUGUUAGAAAGAGGAUCAUCUGGCCGAGUGACCGGUUCCACAGCGAUGAACCAAGCGUCGAGUCGUAGUCAUGCAGUAUUCACAAUAGUAAUUGCUAAAGAGAGCAGAAGUGAUAAGAAUUUAGCAACAACAUCGAAGUUCCAUCUCGUGGAUCUGGCUGGCUCAGAGCGUAUCAAGAAGACUAAGGCCAGCGGCGAACGACUCAGAGAAGGUGUCAAGAUCAACCAAGGCCUACUGGCUCUAGGGAACGUUAUAUCAGCCCUCGGCGACGGAACCAAUAGGAGCUUCAUCAGCUACAGGGACAGCAAGCUCACGAGAUUACUACAAGACAGCCUGGGCGGUAACUCGUUGACAUUGAUGGUGGCGUGCGUCAGUCCGGCCGACUACAACCUGGACGAGACCGUGUCCACGCUACGGUACGCGGACAGAGCCAGACGUAUACGGAACAAGCCUGUUAUUAACCAGGACGCUAAGGCUGCUGAGAUUGUAAGGUUGAACAAUUUGGUUAACGAGCUCAGACUGCAACUGCUCGGGAAGCUGCCCACCAUAAGCGAGCAGAACAAUGAACAAUUGCAAGAAGAAUUAGACAGAGAGAGAGCAAAGUACUCUGAGUUGCUCAAGAAACACAAACAAGUCACCGAACACUUGAACAAUAUGUUGAUAGAAAACACGAACCUGUGCGAGAAGGCGCUCCUGGCCGAGGCCGCCAAGGAUAAAAUAGAACGCAAGCUGAACGAAAUGACGGAGCACUGCAACCAGACCAUAGAGCAUCUGAACGUGACGGACACCUCGCAAGACGACGCGCAGAGGUCGACGGUAGUGGACUACUUGAAGGAGAUCAAGAUGAGGCUGGAAGACUUACAGUCCGUCAAUCUGAAGACUAACGAGGAGCUGAUCGAUCACGAGAUAAAGCUGUCGUUCGUUAAAGAGGACGUGGACGGGGAGAAGGCGGACGACGACGUGAUGCUCAACGAGGACCAGGCCGUGCUGGAGGAAGAGAAGCGAGCCAUGGGACAGGUCGCACUCAAUCAAGAGCUGCAAGAGCUUAACCGCGCUAUGGCCAUCAAGGCAUCCGUGGUUCAAGCUAUACUGGCCAACAACAAGGAAAUAUUGGACAGUCAUAACAAUCUGAAAGAAAACGAAGAAAGGAUAUCGCAAUUAGAAAAACAAAGGGAUGAGCUCAUGCAGCAGUUGAAGCAGUCCAAGAGCAAAGAUCCCUCGAUGGAAGAACGCCGUACGAAAGUUUCUACGCUGGAACAAGAGAUAUCAGACCUGAAGAGGAAGUGUCAGCAGCAAGCGAACAUUAUAAAAACAAAGGAAAAGAACGAGGCUAAGAUCGCUGCGCUGAAUGCUGAGCUGCAAGCCAUGAAAGCCACUAAGGUUAAAAUAAUCCGUCAAAUGCGUGAAGAGAGCGAGAAGUUCCGCAAGUGGAAGGCUGACAACGAGCGCGCCAUGCUGCGGCUCAGGAACGAGGACCGGAAGCGCGCCACGGCCAUGGCGAAGAUGGAGUCUCUACACGCCAAGCAACAGAACGUGCUGAAGAGGAAGAUGGAGGAGGCCGUGGCUGUCAACAGGAGGCUCAAGGAAGCUCUGGAUCGUCAGAAGCACACGGCCAUGAAGCGGAACGCCAAAGGCAGUGUGAAGGCUGGUGCGUUACAGCAGUACAUAGAGCAGGAGUUGGAGGUGCAUCUCAGUAUAGUGGAGGCGGAGAGGUCGCUCGAGGAACUCAUGGAAUAUAGGGCCUGGAUAACGGAACAGAUUGAAAAUCUCCGUAAUAGUGCGGACGACGAAGCGAAUAGAAAGAAAAUAACGGAGCUGGAGGACGAUCUCGCGCUGCGGAAGGCACAGAUAUCAGACCUACAGCAGAAGAUACUAACAGCUGACCAGGAAAACAAAUCGCGCACUCAAUGGGACAACAUACAGUCGAUGCUUGAAGCGAAGGUAGCGCUUAAAUGUCUUUUCGAGCUGCUCGUGGACGCUAAGAGGGAGCUGCAGAACCAGAGCGAGAAGGGCUACCAGGCGAGGUACGAGGAGAUCAAAGAGACUUACGACAGGCUGGCCGUGGAGUUCGAGACUACUAAGACUGAGUUCGAACGACAACUGGCCUCGGUGAAGUUACAGAACGAGCAGAAGCUAAGUGCACUAGUGGCGCUGCAGCGCGGCGUCGUUGGACGGGGUGAGCGAAGCGAAGCAUGCCGUCAUCUGCAGAAUGUGAUACAAUACCAGCAGGACCGCCUGGAACAGCUGGAACAGGAGAACAAAAAGUUGGCCGAUGAAUUAGAAGAGCUGAGGACGGCGAGCAAGAAGGCGAAGAAACGCAGCAAGAAGGAUAGUUCGAUGGAAGCUACAAAGAAGGUGGAAUAUGUAGAGCCCACCGACGAAGAGGACGACGAGGUCGAGGAUCCUGACAAGGAUCCUGACUGGAGAGCGACGCCUCUGUUCAAGAGAAUACAGGCGCAGCGAUCUCGUCUCACGAUGAAUUUCACUAUGGACGAGAACAGAGCCAUCAAGCGUUCCAACGACGGCGCGACGCACUGCACGUGCCGCGGCAGUUGCUCCACUAAGAUGUGCGGAUGUGUUAAAUCGGAACGCGGAUGCGGAACCGGAUGCAGGUGUCAGGCGGAACUGUGCAAGAACAGGAGAGUGUCCUCCGACAGCGAGGAUAAGGAGAAUAAUCCGUCCAGCACCGAGUACUCGCUAGACACGACACCGCCGUCUUCAUACUUUGACAAACGAUUCGAAUCAUCCGACGAGUUGAAUCAAACGAAUUGUGAUGAAAAACCAGCGCCGAGUCCGCAGCAGAUAGCGAGGCUGCGCCCCCAGUCCGAGAGAAGAGAUCACCUUGACGCUACGUAUAUAAAAAAAAAGAAAAGUUAUUUUUUCCCACAAGACGCUACCAACGGCGAGGUUAAAAAGAAAAUAACUGAAGAGUGAAAAACUAGAGGAUUAGAACACAUUGGAAUAUUAAUAAAUUGUUUUGUGAGUGAAAAAUGUAUGUAAUUAAAAAGGUGCCUUUGUUGUUAAAUUGUGUAUGAAAUUGUGUGGUAACUGUCGUUGAUAAUUUAAAAUUUUUAGAGUGGACCUCUUAAUAAAAGUACAUAUAAUAGU